GUGAAACAUUAAUACAAUUGUGAUGCCUACAUUAAAUAAUUUAGAGCGGGUUGUCGAAAAUAUUGUACUCCCUGAAAAUGGCAAUAAGGGAGUCCUUGGAAAAAUUUUGGAUGAAAUUAGCAAAACUACUCCUACAAAGCAAAUGAUCAUAGGAGUUUCUUCUGGCUGGGUCAGUGGAUUCUUAGCAAUGAAAAUUGGAAAGACUACAGCAAUGGCUCUUGGUGGAGGAAUAAUCCUUUUACAAGUUGCCAGUGAAAAAGGAUUCAUUAAAAUAAACUGGGAUAAAGUAAAUGAAAAUAUUGACAAAGUAGAAGAUAUAGUUAGUCAAGAGCAAUUGACAUGGGUUGAUAAGAUUGCUAAAUUUGCUGAAAAGAACUCAACAUUUUCAAGUGGAUUUUUAGGAGGAUUCUUGAUUGGAUUAGCUUCUCAUUAGAUUUGCGGAAUAUUUUUGUUGCAUGUGAGAUAUUUUUAUAGAUUCAUUUUGAUGUUGUGAAUAAAUUUGAUAUUUCUUA